AUGUCUAGAAGACCAGUUUUAGAAGAAGUAGAUGAUGAUGAAAUAGAUAACCUUGAUAUGGAUAUUGCGGAGUUUGAUCCCAAUUUAAAGACUCCAGUGGCUCCCAAGAGACCUGAACCAAAAAUUGUUCGUUCACAAGACCAGGGACGGGAACCGCCGUUGUUUCCUCAGGCUCCGUUUGGAAAUGUUGCUCCUCCACCACCACAGCAAACUCAACAACACCAGUCAAGGAGUAAUAUUCUUGAUCCUGAGCAUUUCACUCCUGAACAAAAGGCUCAGUUUGAGAAAUUUCAAAUCAUAUAUCCAUGUUAUUUCGACUUGAAUCGAUCACACAAAGAAGGAAGGCGAGUUAGUAUCGAUCGUGCUGUUGAAAACCCCUUGGCGAUAACUAUUUGUGAUGCUUGUCGAUCAUUGCAAAUUCCAGCAUUGUUGGAAUUAGACAAGACUCAUCCUCAGGAUUUUGGUAAUUCGGGUAGAGUAAGGGUAUUGUUGAAAGAUUUUAAAAAUGAUAACAAACCAAUUGAUCCAAGCAUUACCACCAAGAGGAGCUUGUAUAACAGAAUAGCUGAAUAUUUGGCGGAACAUCCUACAAGUUUAGAUAGUGUUAGUGCCAAGAGUGGUAUUGCAAUUCCACCUGAUUUUCAAGGCGAUUUCAAAGUGGAGGAGAUUCCCAAAGUGAAGGGGUUCAGGAUGAAUACUAUUGUGCCCAUUCAUUCGAAUUUCACAAUGAAGCACCCAAUGACAAAGAGUAUAUAUGAUCCCGAGCCAGAAACUGAUUCAAACCUGGCUGCGUCGAAUAAGCCAAAUGUGCCCAAAGUGCCAAAGAAAAAGAUUAUGAAAAUUAGAGGAUAA